AUGUCUGCUGGCCCUAGUGCUUUGAAUAUCAAAAAAAUUGGCCCAUAUCACAAUCACAAGGCAACGAAACGAGCGAGCUUUACAUUUAAUACUUUUUCGUCUGAUUCACGAUCUAUCAGUCAGAAAGAAAAAGUGUCAUGUAAGAUAAAAUUGUGCGUUGCUAAGGAUGAGAAUUGCGCUGCUAACACAGGAACGUGUCCUGUAAAAGAAGGUCUCAAUUAUACUCAAAACGGUUGCACGAAACCUUCGCACGUGAAUGACUAUGGUGAUUGCAAACAUCUAGAUGAAUCACUUGGUCAAAGUUUACUCGGAGCUUCUGAUUACAUUCCGCCAAUUACACCAAAAGACGUCACUGAGUUUUUAAACACUCUACAUAACGACCAAUCGAAAUUGGAUUCAGCUCCGGGGAAAUUUGUUUCAAUCGAUCAAAUCAUCCAUGAUUGGAAUACUUGUAGGAGUAAAAGUCGAGCAUACUUUGUGACAGUAACAAAUAACUCGCCUGAUCGUACUCUUAUCUUUGGUGCACGAUCAUAUUCUCAUGGGAAGCUGUACGUGAACGCUGGAAUGACCGUUGCUCCAAGAACAAGUAUGGCUUUUGGUUCAGCAAACGCAGACAAUGGCGUGAUGGUUGGUGUUGAAGGAGAACUGUUUUGGAUGGUUUCAGAAAAGAAUAAUCCCCUUACCCCGGUUGAUUUUGCCUUGCAUAUUCAUAUUGACAACCCAUAUAUUGGCGGCCAUUCUUUUCGCGCUCAAACUGGAUACGGCAACCUCGAGUAUCAUCGCAGCCACAAUAUAGCAGAUUGGAGUUUGGGCAAAGGACCAUACAAAGGAGACGGUUUUACUGCUUAUGAUAUGCCGAAUUUGUCGAUUGACGUUGCAUCAAUAUAUUUUUCAACAGAUAGUUAUGCACCUUUUGGCUGCUCAGCAAAUGAAGAACGAGUUGAUUGCGGGCCGACGACAGAAGACGAAUGUGAUGCUUUACAGCUAUGCUGCUGGAACGAGAAGGAAGGAGAACCAUCAUGUUAUCAUCGAAAUCUUUAA